AUGCGUGGCCCUCGUUCCCAAGACUAUGCGCCUCUCCCGUUGAGCGAGAAGGAGCCUCUUUCGCACAGAUCUCGACGCGACCAACGAUCGAAAGGCUUGGGCAUAUGGGUUCUACGAGCACUCGGCGCAUGCGUAGUCCUGUACGGAGCUUCCAACCUCCUUAAUGUCUCCACCAACAAGUCCUGCGACAGCGUCAACCAAGGCUACCGCUGUAGCCCCAAGACGAGUCACUUCUGGGGCCAAUAUUCGCUUUGGUAUUCCGUACCCUCGGGCAUCGAUGUAGCGCCUCCGAAGGGCUGCGAAGUCACCUUCGCGAACGUCUUGUCCCGCCACGGCGGCCGCGAUCCCACUCUGGGCAAAACCCUCGCCUACCACAUCUUGAUCGCAGACAUCCAAAACACGAGCACAUCGUAUCCGAAAGAGUUCAGAUUCUUGAAGGAUUACGAUUAUACAUUGGGUGCGGAUGAGCUGACGGAUGCUGGGAGGCAGGAAAUGGUCAACUCAGGUGCUCACUUCUACCGCCGGUACCAGAAGCUCAUCGACGACAACGUACCAUUUGUACGCUCGGGCGGACAACACCGUGUAGUUGAAUCAGCUGAGAGGUGGCUUGCGGGUGUCGCGCAAUCGCUGAAGGAAGAACCGCGAAAGAUCGAUGUCGUGAUUCCAGAAGGGCCGAAUUGGAACAAUACUCUGUCCCACGACAUCUGUCCAGCAUUCGAGGGCGGUCCACAUCAUGGUCUCGGGGAUAGGGCGCAGCAUGUCUGGGCUGACAAGUUUGUGCCGCCGAUCCAAGAGCGCAUCAACUCUGCUCUUGGAACGAACCUCAGCGCCACGUCCAUCGUGUACUUGAUGGACAUGUGCCCAUUUGAUACAUUGGCGCAUCCGUCAGCGAAGAUGUCAGACUUCUGCAGAAUCUUUACCGAAAAGGAGUGGCGUGAAUACGACUACUUCCAGACACUGGGCAAAUUCUACGGCUACGGCGUUGGCAACCCGCUUGGUCCGACUCAAGGCGUUGGAUACGUCAAUGAACUGCUGGCGCGACUAACGAACAAGCCUGUUGACGACAACACCAACACGAAUCGCACCCUCGACUCCGAUCCCAAGACCUUCCCUCUCGAUCGCAAGGUAUACGCCGACUUCAGCCACGAUAAUGACAUUAGUGGUGUUUUGGCUGCGCUCGGCCUGUACAACAAAACGAAGCCGUUAUCGAACACCACUAUUGAGAAUACAAAGAAGACACAUGGUUAUUCCGCAGCAUGGAGCGUGCCAUUUGCAGCACGUCUCUACGUCGAGAAGCUGCAGUGUAAGCACGAGAAGGAAGAAUCAGUUCGUGUCAUUGUUAACGACCGCGUACACCCAUUGGACUUCUGUGGUGGUGACAAGCAUGGCAGGUAGGGCAUACCACUGGCUCCGUCGGCCAACAUGCUUACCACACCCGAGAUCUUCUACCUCUCCUCGCUAUUCGUCUCACAGGGCGUCACCAAGAUCCGCCUCACUGGCGGCGAGCCCACCGUCCGUCGCGACAUCGUCCCGCUCAUGCAGCAGAUCGGCAGUCUGCGCCCGAAAGGCCUGCGCGAACUCGCACUCACAACCAACGGCAUCUCGCUACACCGGAAGCUGGACGCAAUGGUCGAAGCGGGUCUGACUGGCGUCAACCUCAGCCUGGAUACACUAGACCCGUUCCAGUUCCAGAUCAUGACUCGGCGGAAAGGCUUCGAUGCUGUCAUGAAGUCGAUUGAUCGCAUACUGGACAUGAACAAGCUAGGCGCCAACGUCAAGCUCAAGGUCAACUGCGUCGUCAUGCGGGGGUUGAACGAGCGCGAGAUUCUACCCUUUGUCGAAAUGGGCCGCGAAAAGGACAUCGAAGUACGCUUCAUCGAGUACAUGCCUUUUGGUGGAAACAAGUGGAGUGAGAACAAGAUGAUCAGCUUCCAGGAGAUGCUGGAUGUCAUCAGGACCAAGUAUCCGGGGCUCAGGCCGGUGCCAGGACACAAGAACGACACCAGCAAGACGUACGAGGUGCCAGGCUUCGUGGGCAAGGUCGGCUUCAUCACGAGCAUGACAAAUGACUUUUGUGGGACCUGCAAUCGGUUACGAAUAACGAGUGACGGCAAUCUGAAAGUCUGCUUACACGGUAACGCCGAGGUGUCUUUGCGCGACGUUCUGCGACAGGGCAACAAUGGCGAGCCCAUUGACCAGGAAGCAUUUGAGCGCAUCAGGCAGAUCGAGAAGGACCGACACCAAGGCCGCUUGAGCGAUGAGACAAUCUUUGGCUGGGGCCAACGCGAGCGCGAACUCCUUGACGUUGUUGGGGCUGCCGUCAAACGCAAAGCGGAAAAGCACGCCGACUUGGAUGAUCUGGCCAACAUGGAGAAUCGGCCCAUGAUCUUAAUUGAUGACAAGCCUCUAGCGAGCCGGAACUCCCGGCGGCCUGUACUACGGAGAAGACCAUUCGACAACCCCUAUGCCUUGCUGGCACGACAUCGCAUACCCAGCUCACCACUACCCUACCUGAACAUCGUGUCUCAGCCUCCUUCAACCACUGUUCGAGCCUUCUCUACCUCGCCUAUGUCUGCUGCGGAGAAGCUAUCUCAACUGGAGCCACUGCAAAAGGCUGAGGAGAUUCCAGAAGCUGGCAAGGCCACCAAGAACGUGACAGGAAUGAAUCCGCAUUCCUUACGAGACUUUUUGGCUGAAGUAAAGUUACCACAAGGAAGCGAUCGAACAAUUCAGAUAUUAGGAACAAAUAUCAUCAACCUACAAGAUCGCAUCGCCCGCGUCGUCCACCAAAUCGACAAGCCUGCAACGUCCGUAAAGGAAGCUAAGGAGAAAGAGAGGCUUGAAGCACAAAGGUUUGAGUAUGAAGAACUUCUUGCAAAGACCGUGGAAAAGUAUACAAGUCGAUUCGCUGUUCUCACGCGACAAGCUAAGCUGAGGAAGCAGAAAGAAGAGAUUUUGGAGACCAAAAGGGCGUUGGUGAAACAGUUGGAAGAACUGGAAGAAACCGAACGAAGAGCUAGGAUAGUUGUAAGAGCAAGGGAAGAAGGAGAAGAGCGGGAUGGCCAAAAUCUUGGUGGUAUAUUGGAUGAUGCAUUGAAAAAGAUCAGGAAGGAACCGAUACAUCCUCCUAAGAUACCACAAGAACAUAGAGACAGGAAAGUCUUACCCUCCGACUGGGUCGUAAGCUCCGAGGAAAAUGCGCUUGCGGAUCCAAUCAUGGACAAGGGACGAGUGCCAAAGGUGCCUGGUAACGGACAUGCAUUCGAUCUCCUAUCAUCCUCACCAAGCAAACGUCCUGGUCUCGUUGUUCCGCCAUCCGGCAUUUUACCUAUCGACGAAGAUCUCAUCGUCACUUUCGACGCACCCAUCCCCCAACUUCAGCAGCAAGUCCUCGCCCUACGAGACCGACUUAAAAAAUCCUAUCCACGCCUCGACGUGUUACCCUACGAGGUCUGGACCUCUGAGAAUAGACGCACACUACAAACAUGGCUGAAGAUCUUGAUUGAAAGAUGGCAGGCGAGGUUCGAAAAUGUUAAUCUCACGGGCCAGGUGGUUAAAGGAAUAGUCGACGAAAAGCUAAAAGCGGUAUUAGAUCAGAUGGUGAUAGAUCACAACCUUGACAAUGAUGCAGCAGAGAGGAUGGCAAUGAGGUGGCAUGAUGUGUUCUCUGAGAGACACUCUCUGACCAGUGAUGCGGAAGGCAAGCUGGAUUGGGAUGAGAUGGAAGCGGAAGGUCUGGGGUUUUUGGCUGAUGAUACUAAACAUGAGCCGCUGCAGCAACAGCAAACUGAUCUUGAGGCAUUGGCACAGGCGCAACAUGGUAUGACUGAGGCAGUAAGAGGGGAGUCCAGUGGCUCGACGACGUCUAGGUUGGUGGGUCGUAGGAUGUACUCGACCUCCUCAUGUUACGCCAACUUCCCUUCGUCUAAAGCCGAAUCCAAGCCGAGCGCAAUCAAUAAGACGGACGGGAAAGAUAAACUACAUCAACGACAACCGCAAACCUCACAACCUCCUCCAUCAUCAGAAGCCCAGCCCGCAAGUCCUCAACCACACCUCCCCCACCUGACCGCCUCCGGCUCCGCACACAUGGUCAGCGUCUCGAACAAGCAACACACAACACGCACCGCCAUCGCCGUCGGAACCGUGUACUUUACUAACCCUACCCCCCUCCAAUUGAUACGCUCGAACAGCUUGAAAAAAGGCGAUGUUUUGGGUACAUCGCGAAUAGCAGGUAUCAUGGCAGCAAAGAAAUGCCCCGAGAUAAUACCUUUAUGCCAUCCGAUUGCCUUGACGCAUGUCGGGGUCGAGCUUCGUGCUUUUGGGUCCAGCUCGGGUGGGUCCUCCCCAGACUCAUUGCCAUCGAUACCUAAAUCCCCAUACAGCGUCGACCCUGGCUACGGCGGCAUCCAGAUCGAAGCAAAGGUUCAGUGUACGGGUCCUACUGGGGUCGAAAUGGAAGCUUUGACGGCAGUCAUGGGUGCAGCGCUCAGUGUGAUGCCUCCAGUACCCUGGCAAGUUCACAUCACCGACCACCCUGGCUCAACGCGAGAGGAGAUCGAGCAGGAGCCUGACUGGUCGAACGAACACAAUCACCAACAUCGUGUCGGCUACAAGAAUCGCGAUGACCGUCGGGCUGGCAUCACCCACGAGAGUGAUGAGACCAAGACGCGCGACGACGUUGAAGAAGCACGCGAGGGUCACAAAGACUUGACGGGAAAAGAGAAGAAGGGUGAUCUUGUCAACUUUCGAGAUAUUGUGCUAGAAGAAAAGGAUCUUCACCUGCGACACCCUGAGAACAGAAGCUUGGGCUGGAGGUUUGUGCUCCCGUGCACGGAAGAUUGGGUCAAGAACCAAGAGGAGUGGCCGGCGAACGUCGAGAAGCGCGAGAAAGAAGAGCAGAAGAAGAAGAAUGAGCACCAGGAUGACGGUGCAAAGGACCAAAAGGAAGGUGGCGGUACAUUGGACGAAGAGCAAUGGAAGCGAACUCAGGGCGACAACGACAAGCAUCAUGACGCAUAUGCCGAAAGUGGGGAGGACUCUGGCUACUCUAGCGAUGAAGCCGCAAAGAAGGACAAGACAGAGUAUGACAAGCUUCGAGAGCGUUACUCCGUGCAAGAAAUCGCAUUGCUUCGCACUUUACAACACGAGAAGGACUACAUCCAAACCCUUGAACAGAACGAUGGAAAGCGCAAAAGCCCUCAAACUCACAAUCGUAGCACCAUCUCCAUUGAUGAAGCGGAUCAAUUCUCCCCGGACAACUGGCUACCACGUUCUUCGGAUCUGAUUCGUUUGACUGGAAAGCAUCCAAUGAACGCCGAGGCAAACCUAUCGCAUCUCUAUGACGCCGGACUGAUCACGCCCAACGAGCUGCACUAUGUGCGCAAUCAUGGCGCUGUCCCAAGAUUGUUGUGGGAAAUCCACGAGUUGGAUGUCGAAGGCGGUAAGCUCGUAUUGUCAAUGGACAACCUCAAGAACGAUUUCGAUACCAUCAACAUCCCGGUGGCUUUGGCAUGUGACGGUAACCGCCGGAAAGAGCUAAACAUGAUCAAAAAGUCCAAGGGCUUCAGUUGGGGUAGCGCGGCUGUCAGUUGCGCAUACUGGAAAGGACCGUUGGUGAAAGAUAUCUUGCUUGAAGCUGGCUUACCAGCAAAGAUGCCAGAAGGGAAACGUUACUGGGUCAAUUUCGAGGGCGCAGACGAGCCCAGUGAGGGGAAGUAUUCCACAUGUCUACCAUUCGACUACGUGAUGGAUGUAACGAACGACGUUAUACUCGCAUACGAAAUGAACGAUCUCCCGCUUCCCCCUGAUCACGGAUACCCGGUGCGACUGAUGAUACCGGGAUACGUUGGUGGACGCUGCGUCAAGUGGCUGCAGCGUAUCUGGAUAUCAGAGAAGGAAAACGACUCGCAUUACCAUAUUUGGGAUAACCGCGUCCUACCAUCAUUUGUCACGGAAAAGGAUGGCCGAUUUGCAGAGACGUUGUUCCGCCAUCCCGACACAGCUUGCAAUGAGCAAAACUUGAACUCGGUCAUUGUGAAACCUGCGCAAGGGGAACAGAUACCGCUUUCCGAAGCCAAGAAAGGAAAGACGUACCGUAUCGAAGGUUAUGCGUAUGAUGGCGGAGGUCAUGAAGUACAGAGAGUGGAGGUCUCGCUGGACGAUGGAGAGACGUGGCUGUAUUGUAUUCGAAAAUUCCCAGAUGCGCCUAUCCGACAUGGCAACAAGUUCUGGACGUGGCUACACUGGCAUGUGGACAUUGAGAUAUCGCACUUACUCAGAGCGAACAGCAUCACAGUGCGCUGCUUCAACGUCUUCAAGAAUACACAGCCGAAAGACCCCAAUUGGAACGUCAUGGGUAUGAUGAACAACUGUUGGUACAUUGUUCGACCUUCGAUCGUACAGGAAGACGACUCCGAUAUGCCGUCAAUCAUGUUCCGUCAUCCGGUGGAGCCAGGCACGGCAGAUGGUGGGUGGAUGAAGCCGAGCGUUGAGAACCAGAUGGCGGCUGUCAAACAGUCGGCUGGUACACCACAGAAGCAGUUCACUCGGCAGGAGAUCGAGAAGCAUGACAAAGAGGAUGAUUGCUGGAUCGUGGUCGACGGAAAGGUUUACGAUGCGACGAGCGUGUUGGAAUGGCAUCCCGGAGGUAAAGCCGCGGUGUUGGGCCAUGCCGGUAAGGUGCACGCAGAAACUAGUAAUGAAUUCGAAAGCAUACACGACGGUUAUGCUUACAAGAAGCUCAACGAAUGCGCGAUUGGUGUAGUGACGGACAAGACUGCUGCUUUCAUCAAGAAAAAUGCAGAAGCAGCUGCGAAAGAACAGUCGCAAUCGUCUUCCCAGCACAGUAAAGUUGUUCUGCAGAAACACCGAUGGGUACCAGUCAAGCUCCUCGACCGCAAAUCCAUUUCGGAGGAUACGCGCGCGUACACCUUCCAACUACCAAAGGAUACCCCUGAUCUGGGUCUCUCAACAUGCCAACACGUACAACUAGGCUACCAUCUCCAAGACAAGAUGCUCAUCCGAUCAUACACACCUACCAAGCCACUUCUUCCUGACUCAUCCGAUGAAAGCAAUAAUAAGAAGAAUGACAACCAGAAUCUUGCAGACGGCGUCGGUACCUUCGAACUCACUGUCAAGACCUACUUUCCGUCUAGUUCGCAACCAGGCGGCGCAAUGUCCAACAUUCUCGAUUGCAUGCCACUGGGCGAAGAGAUUGAAAUCCGAGGCCCAACCGGCGAGAUAGUAUACAACGGCGAAGGCGUCUUCAGCAUCUCUGGAAAAGAAUACACAUUUAAGAAGAUCAACCUCAUUCUCGGUGGAAGUGGCAUCACGCCCGGAUACUCGCUCAUCGCACGUGCGAUGCUAUCGAGCGAUCCUGAUAUACAGAUUUGUGUUCUGGAUGCGAACAAGUCUGAAAAGGACAUCUUGCUUCACAAGGAGCUUGAUGAGUUUGAGAAGUCGAGCGGAGGUAGACUAAAGAUUACUCAUAUCCUCAGUCAUCCGAGUGACGACUGGAAGGGCAAGAAGGGUCAUGUAGAUGCUGAUUUGAUUCAAGAAGCCCUGUUUGCGCCAGAAGAGGGGACGGGCGUUUUCCUUUGUGGACCUCCAGGUAUGAUUCAGAAGGCUGCCUUGCCGGCCCUGGAGAAGUGGGGUUUCAAGGAGGGAGAGAAUGUGUUUGGGUUUUGA